AUGCGCAUCUUCGCCAUCAACCUCACGGCUAUUGCAGCGAUCCUGGCGUGCGUCAAGAGCUCUUCAGGCGAGUCUGUUUCCUCCACCAAAGAUGUCGCCUCCACAGCGUCGCAUCCUGCUGCCGGUCUGAGCACCGACGUCACUGAAAAGAAGUCCCCAGAACAGACCGCUGAAGAGAGGUUUUGGUGGCUAGGGACUUGGAUCGGGUGGGGUAUAGCUGGUUUCAUCCCUGACGAGCUGAAAGCAUCAUCGGUUAUGCCAACCCAUCUUCGACCGACAAGAAACGCAACUCCCGUGAUCCAACUUUCCAAGAAAACAGGCCGGUUUGUUGUGGGGACACAUGGCCGUACCGAGCUUUCACCGAUCGAGAAAGCGACAUUUCUGGCGAAACAAGACGAGCUUUGGGACAAGCUGCAAACGUUGAGGUCCAAGGAUCAAUUGACCACGCCGGAAUCACUUUUGGACUGCGUGAGGGGUUACAAGGAUGACGUCGUGGCUCACGUGGCAGGACGUCUCUCGCUCGAGCCUGACUCAGACGAUCACGAACUUGCUGCGAAAAUGUUCAAUAACCUAUCGGAGCGUUGGUGGAGGACGAAGAGAUCGCUUGACCGUGUCUUCGAUGUGCUGAAGCUGCACGACGGCCGCCUCUUUCACGACAAUAUGCCGAAACUGAAGGCACUGGAAGCCUAUGCCAGGUUCGACACCAGUGUGAAAAACCACAAACAGACGGUCAUUCAGACGCUGAUAAGGAAGUUUGGCGACGGGCUACUGUCGUCGAUCUUGAUGGAUGGCACCGAACAUGCGUUCUGUCACGACAUUGCAACGGAGCUGCAGGACGAGAUGAUGGCGAACUGGAAGGAGAGAAAAAUAACUGCCAAACACGUGACCAUAGAGCUCAGUCCUCGUAAUGGUCACCUUUCUAGUGUCGACAUGAAGACGUUGGCGCGAUACAAGGAGGUGCUGAAGGAGGAAUAG